AUAACGACGUCGUUUCAUCCGAUGAAUAUCAUCCAAAACGUGAAAGUAAAACCGUGAUGAUCAUCUCUAUUCGCAGCGAAAUCCAUUUCGUGAGAAACCACCGAACAAGCCAGGAAAAACUGGAGCACCAUUUGCAUCAAUGGAGGAACUACUCGUAGCUGUACUCUCGAUUCUCCUGCUGGGAGCACUGAUCCCACUCUAUCUAUGGAAGCGUCGUCAGGAUUCUCAACCCUCCGCUCACCACGACGAACCUCAACAGGCUCCACGCAGGGAAACUGUGGUGCGCGCCACCGCAACUCGCCGCAUGCGUCGGAGACCGGCGGCGUCUGGAGCUAGCACUUCUUCAGAUCCACCUGCAGCGCUUCAAGAUUCGGCAGGUGAAAGCGAUGAUGAAGCUGGUGGUGGCGAGUCUUAUGAGGCUAGAGCAUCAAAGAAAAAAGAAAUGAAAAGGCAAGAGAGGGAAGCUCGGCGACAGGCUGAAGAAGCUGCGCGAGAGUCAAGGAAUUCAAAGCAAGACCGCUAUGCAGAAAUGCGAAGGUUGAAGGAUGAAGAGCGCGAGGCGCAGGAGCGCAUGUUGGAAGAGGAGGCCAAGGCUCGGAAGGCCAAGGAGGAGGAAGCAGCUGCAUUAGAGUUUGACAAGUGGAAAGGGGAAUUUUCAGUUGAUGAUGAAGGUACCCUUGAAGAUGUGCAGGAAAAGACUGAAGACUUGCUAUCCAAUUUUGUAGAAUAUAUCAAGAAACACAAAUGUGUUCCCUUAGAGGACCUUGCUGCAGAAUUUAAAUUGCGCACUCAGGAAUGUAUCAAUCGCAUCACAUCUCUGGAAAGCAUGGGUCGGCUUUCGGGUGUCAUGGAUGAUAGGGGCAAAUUUAUAUACAUCUCACAAGAAGAGAUGAAAGCUGUUGCUGAUUAUAUUAAGCGGCAAGGGAGGGUUAGCAUUUCCCACUUAGCUAGUAAAUCAAACCAGUUCAUUGAUUUGGAGCCAAAAGUUGAAUACACUGAGGACAUAAGUAAUGUGGAGGAGAUAACUGUCAGCUGACAAGGUUUUUUUGACUGAAAAUCCCGUGGUGUACAUAAGAAAAAGAAUGGCAGUUAUCUGAUUUGUCUAAGAUUUGGUUCAACACUUUUUGUUAACAACUUUUGUAUGUAACUGCAAUUUCAGAUUUUACCUGCAAAUGCAUUUUCCUGCCGAAAUUAGUAUUGAAAGAGAAUGUAUUAAUUGGAAAUUCAGUUGAAAAUUUUCCAUGCAA